AUGGCCCCAAGGAUAUCUUCCAGGCUUCACGCUAAACGCGAUAACUCCAACAGACCAGUCACUCAGGAUGAAUCGGAGAACUCAGACCUUGAGGAGACACAAGCGAAGUCAGUCAGAAAGGCCAAAAGAGCUAAGACAAUGGCAACAACGACACAAGUCUCUGCGAACGCAAAUCCAGAAGUCUUUCGUCGAACACGCGGCAAACGUGGACUGCUAGAGAAGUUAGCUAAGGAGGCUCCGUUGGAUAUUCUUCUAGAGGUAUUCAAACAUCUAGAACCCCGAGAUAUACUACGUCUCGCCCGGACGAGCAAAGACCUUCGAGAUUUUCUCAUGGCACGCUCUUCCUCGUCUAUUUGGCGUGAAGCUCGCGAGAACAUUCCCAAUCUGCCUCCGUUACCCAACGACCUGAAUGAACCACAAUAUGCGAGCUUGCUUUUCGAUAACCAUUGCCAUGCAUGUCUCCGUUCUCCAUGCGAUAAUGUUAAUUGGGAAUGCAGAGUUCGAUGCCACAAGAACUGUAUGGGUCACCUGUUUCUCAACUACAGCGAUAUCGAAAACCGCCCUGCAGGUCUGAAGGACAGCGAUCUUUGGGAGGUCGUUAUGCAUAUUCCCUACCACAUUGGACCACGUACACAUGGUGUUGCGUGGUUUACUCCGAUGUUUGAGCGUCUUCUCUUCAAGUAUAUGGAAAUUCAAGGCGACGAGCCCGCCGUGAAGAAGUGGAAUAAGGAGAAAGAGCAGGAUUUCAAGUUCAUCACGAGUCAUGCUAGGCAAUGUCGUCUUUGGGAUCGUGAUCGUCGUAUGGAGCGUGAUGCAGAACAACAAACACUCCGAAUAGAACGUCGUCAAGAAAUUAUCAAAAGGUUAUCUGCGUCAGGUUGGAGGCCAGAAGAACUGAAUCACGAAGAAUUUGUCUCCCACCCUCUGCUCAAGUCGUCGAAGCCUGUCACGGAACGAGCAUGGAACAAUCUCGAACCUCAGUUGAUUGAUUUUCUUCAAGCGCUCAAGGAUAGACGACUCAACGAAGAACGUCACCGUUCUCUCAAGAUACGAUAUCAGCUAUUCGACUCGGCUUACGAGGACAAGAAGGAUAGAGACAGGUUGACUGUAUAUCCUCCGAUCUCUGACCUCAUUGUGGACGCAGACCUCGGGGUCAUCGACGACAUGAUUUGGAACACACCACAAGAGCAGCAGUUGACUAAGUCAGACUUCAUCGACGCUCUACGUGAGGCUGAGGGUGACAUCGCAAAGUUUUCGCAAAAAUGGGUUGAGCAGAAGCGUCAAGCGCUCGUACAAGUCUUGCGACGCUGCGGGUUGGAAGAAAUUGGCUUACGUUCGGCAAUCUUCUCAUGCCUACGCUGUGGCGAGAAAACCUGGGCACCUAGGAUUUAUAUGCACCUUUGCGCAACCGGAUCUUACGCUAGGAAUGAUCGUCCUUUGGGUUGGAAGAGGUCGGAGUUCAACCCGCUCUACGAGCUAAAUCGUAGCCUUUGGCAAAUAUCUGAAUUCUAUGCCAACAUCUCCAUGUCUCGGCGGCUACAGGAGAUCAUGGCGUUGUGUGGAAAACCCGAAAUUGACAGUAUCGAGGAUUUGGAAAGGGAAGAUCCGCUUUUCGAGUGUUUGGAAACAGAUGGUCACACAAAUAGACGUUUAGCGCGAUGGAUGGAGGCACUAGUGCGUUUGAGUGAGGGAGACAAAGUCGUCCUCGCUGUUGGCGAGGAUACAACAAGUCAAAUCUCAAAACAAGAGCAGGCACAAACCCUUCACACAGGAGUCGUUUGCAAGCACUGUCCAGUUGACACAGAGCUUCAUUACAACAUUAGGGAGCAUCUACACACCAAGCACGGCAUAGACCCCACCGACGUAAAGAGAAAUAUCGACUGGUGUUAUUGUCUGCGGACACCAGCUUUUUGUUACCGUCCACGAGCAGUUGUGUUAGCGUCUUAGAACGCCAAAUUAGAAGUGGCCACUACAGCCACUCCUUCCUGAACCUCAUAUGUUCCGCCAUUUAUCAAGACGGAGAGUUUGUCACAAACCUACUUUAACAAUCGAAGAAUCGUCGUCGCCGCUCUCCUGGUGAUGAUGGUCGUAAAGUACCUUAAUUAGCUUUGAAAGCCUAUCAUAAUAUAUUGAUUGAACCGGUC